AUGCUGACUGAUUCGUCUGCCAUUUCAUAUCGGAGGGCACUUAGAGUGAAAAUGUUUCGAUUACUCUUUGUGUUGGCUCUUGCCUUUUUAUUGAGUUCCUUCGCAAAUUCACAGAACAAAUCUGCGAACCAGGUAACCAAAUUGUAGUCUAAUCGGAAUUAGAGUGAGAGUGAGAAUUUUUGUGUUUUGCUCGAGCGUGUAAUUUCCCAAUCAACCCCUUUGAUUUCAUAACUUAUGGUUACGCUUUUCGUUUUUAUCUAAAAACUUUUAACAGAGUCAUGGAACAGCAACAAAAUCAAACUGCUGUGCCUCACAAGCUGGAUACUGUAAAGUUGGUGGGUAAAUAAUAAAAAUACUUCAGUACUUGUUACGAGCAUGUAGUUAUUUGCAUUUGCUCUAUGGGCGAGAAAGAAAGAAAUUCGAGUUUCUUUACUGAUGUUUGGUUUCUGUUGAUUUCUGGAAAGGAAAAGACGGAAAAGAUGGACAAAACGGUGAGUGUGCGAAAGUUACUUUAUGGUUCAUUCAUACAGUAAUUGACUUAAAAAUGAAUAACUUUUCACGAUAAAAAUAAACUAUUUAUUUACCUACCUAACAUGAGAAAAUUGAUUUGCUUUUUAUGCAGGAAAAGAUGGACGCGAUGGAAUAAACGGUGAUGUUAGUUAUUUAUUCAAAGUGAAUUUUUUAUUUAGAUUGGAAAUAUUUUCAGCGUGAUUCCUUCAUAAACAAAAGUGGUUGGGACGGUUAUUCUUGAUAUUCGGGGAGGGGGAUGGUGGAGGACUUUAGGGAGAUCACAUGGUUUGAAGGGGGUACAGAUGGGGGAUCAGUCAUCGCUAACAGAAUAUCAAGGGGGGACUAUAGCAAAAUGACUGUCAAUUAGUUGCCAAGGGGGGGUAGGGGUGGGGAAUCACAAGAAUAUUACAUAGCCUUUGGGGAGGAUCAGGUAAAUUUCAUCGUGACACUACCAAACUCCUCGGGCUGACUCACUGACUGGUCCCCUAUGAGAAUUCAACGAAGACAAAAAAAAACGAAAACCUAGUAACGUGAUGAUUAUAGUAAAUGUUAGAAACUAAAAAGUUGCACUUGUGUAAAGUUAAUAUUCCAACGAGUUUAAAUGACUGAAAAUUACUGUGUAUAGUACAUUUCUUGGGAAACGAAGGUGUAACAUGUGAAACCUUUUACAAAGUUGAAACAAAAGAAGUAUUAUGUAAAAGAUAAAAGGUGACUUUUGUUGCUGUUUUCAUUUAUCUGUGUUUUCACAUUUUGUACUGAUCGCCAAUAUUUUCAAUAUAGGACGAGAUGGACGCGAUGGGACAUUUGGAGCAAAGGUUAUGUAUUUUUAAAACGAUGAUGUAACCGUUGUUUAAAAAAAAAAUGACAUUGAAACGGACCUGAGAAUACAGAUGUGUUGAACAGUAUAUGACGUACCUCUCCUUGUUAGUCGUGUACUCAUAAGUACAUUAAUCAAACUGUUGUCAUGGUUAUCGAGAUUAUUUUGAUCCAUUUUAAAUUAUCCAGGGAGAGAAAGGUGAACCAGGCAUGCAUGGUGUGAAUGUAAAUGCUAGCAUCAAGGUUGGUAAAAUUUAUAUUCAGCAUAUCUAAUUUAAAGAUAUGAUAAUCUUUAUACUUUUAAAUGCAAAAGUUGAGUGAUUUUCUGGCUGAUUUUUUUGGCUUUGAUCUGAUUGACACUUCAACUGUUACCAAUUAUUUAGUUGGAAUAUUUGAAUUGUGAUUACUGUAGGUAUCCCAGCCAAGAAGAUUCAGUUAUACCAUUAGGUUUUGGCAAGGGAGAACAAUUUAUCAUUCCGAAAUAUAAGAGUUCUCUUGCUUCUUAAUUUUCUCGUAUUAGAAAUUUAUCUGAAUUUGACACUGUCACUGUCCUAAACUAGGACCUGCAAAAAAAAAAAAAAAAAGCUACCAUAAUAGUAGGACUAAGAACCCCUUUUAGGACCUGGUAGGGACUGGUAAUUAUUAACAGAGAGGGGUGGGGAGGGGGGAGGACAACGGCUUCUUUCUAAAGAAAGUUAUGAGGUGUAUGAAGCUGUGUAUUUAAGCUGUGUUUCGUCCAACACAGCUUAAAAGAUAAACCUAAAGAACAUUAACUUCUCAAAGUUGUUUAAAGACGGAUAGCGAAACAAGUUCUUCCCUUCAAGUCCGUGUCAUACAACCUUUUGAUAAGCUCGAUUUUUCAUCGAGGGCGAGAAAGGAUCUGUUGGACAGAAAGGAUCACGAGGACAAAAGGGACAGAAAGGAUUGCCGGGAACAUGUGAUGACCUGGUAUGGAAGAUAUAAUGGAUAGAAAUCAUCACUUUAAAGCGUAACAUUCCUUGUGUACUUCUAAAGUAAUGACACAUUAUAACAAGUAAUUUGCUACUUUUUCUUUCAUUAUUGUUAUUAUUUUGGCAGUUAUUGUGUGAUGUUCUUUGACAUGUAGAAGCAUAAAACAAUGAUGAAUGAUAACGAGGUUUUCAAUAAUUUUUUACAGAGCUCCUCGUCAUCUUCCGGGAAAAGGUGUUGUAAGGAUGGUAGGAAUAAUUUUUCACUUGUUUUUAUGGCUACUGUCUCCUAUAGAAGACGAGGUCACAUAUGUCAUCAAAAUGAGUGAGUGAGGGAGUAAGUGAUCAUGAGUGAUAGUAACAAUAGAAUUCCUAUCUUUAUACAAUUCUUACUCGAUGUUCACCGUGCUACGGAACACUAUAGAAGACGAUAAACAUCUCCCAAUAAUUUCCGGAUGGCGCAUGAAAAAACAAAGCUUUUUUUUUUUAAGAAACAUCGCAUAAGGUGUGAUCGGCGCAUCAUGAAGAACCCAGAGGAAAACUUUUUUCUUUGAAGGGGGAGUACCUUGCCGUUUGAAUACCUUCACUAUUGUUAUCAUUAUUAUUAUUACUAUUAUUAUUAUUAUUAUUAUGAUGGUAUGAUUAUUUGGCACCAAUUUAUCAUUGGUUAUAAUAAUCAUCAACUUUAUUUUUCGAGGGUGGCACUUGACAGUAUAAAAUACUGAUAAACUCGUGGUUAAGUAUCAAUUAGUCACUAUAUUCUUGAAUCAUCUUUCUCUUGUGUUACAGGAUAUUCAUAAAUGUGAGAUGCGGCAGGUUUUCUGGUUUGUAUAUGAGACAAAUCUUGUACGACACUACCUUUCAUCAUCAUUAUACAAUCUCCACAUCUUUUCAGCACUAUAAAAAUUGUGAUAUAUCAGUAGCCCCUGCAUUCCUAAACUACUUACUUCUUUGAUGAUUGCCGUUUAAGAGCAUAGUAAAACGCCCCUUGCAAUUUCAAUGCAAGCUCAAGGCAUAGUUCGCUGGAAUAAAUUUUUACUUGAUUUUUAAAUGAUAAAUAUUUUUAAGUGCACAGGAAAACACCCCUAGAUCAAGGCACAAACUACGUUGUAUAGAAGAAUACUCCAAUUUGGAAAGAUGAAACGCCAAAUUUGGUUUAUAACUUUGAUAGCAGUGUGAUAAGGUUGAAAGCCUAUGAAACGGUUCUAUUAUUUCGAGAGCUUUUUCAGUGAAAUAAAGGUUAAUUGAACAAAUUAUGCUGAAAAAACUUAUCACUAUUUAGAAGGCAAAAACUAUGUUUAAUUGAAGAAUACUUCAAUUUGGAUGGAUAAAACGCCAAAUUGGUCUACCACUGCGAUAGCGACGUGAUAAUCUGUUCGAAAAGUUUCUGAUGGUUGCAAGCCUACGAAACAGUUCUAAUAUUUCAAGAGCUUUUUCAGCGAAAUAAAGGUCAGUUGAAGAAAUCAUACUGAAGAGACUUAUUUCCGUUUAAGAGCAAAACCAAAGACGGCAAUAUCGAGCCGUGUACAUCAGACACUAGCUUAAUUUUUGUUCGUGGUAUACUAUUUCUGUUUAAUCAAAUUUUUUUGUAUUGCCUCUGCUUCAAUUAAAGCUUUUAGGGAAUUCUCAUUAUAAUUUACAAAAAGUGAUAAAAAAUACCUUCCAAAACGUACGAAUAAUCAAAUGGAAGCUGAAAUAUUAAUCGCGGACAGGAAACAGAAUAAGUCUCGAGUGGACAUUUAUUCUUUGUAAGUGGCUUUUGUUUCAAUGUAAAUAAGAUUUUCUACAAACUUCUGAGUGAAGGUCCUCUUUGAUACUUCAGUUUUAUAUAGUUAACGGCACAAUAGAUGAUAGAGUUUGGACCAAUCAGAGCACCCGUUGUAUGUCAGUUAUGUCAAGAUCGGCCAAUCCCUCUGUUUGCAGAAAUGAACUUAUUAAACACAGAUUUCGCACUAAUCCGAGAUGCUCAGCCCCCCUACAUUUCCUGAAGCAAAUGUUAACAUAUUGAGCAUACAAUCGGGCGACGGAGGGGAAAGGGGAAGUGGUAAAAUUAGUCCGGUACGUGGAUUUUUCUGAAGCCAACAUCAACUUGAACAAAACCUGGGAAAUAACACCUUGCACAAUGCAAUGAGUUCGACCUUUUGAGACACUAUUAGCCAAUUAAAAGAGGCUUGACGCAUUAAACCCUUGAACUUGAACCCUUAAUCGCAUGAUCUUUUGAAAAUGGCGUUAAAAAAUGACCAAUUAUUUAUUGAAGUUUUAAUAAUCAUAUAUUCAUUUUUAUGACACUAACUAGCGAGAAUACGGACUUUUAGAAACACUCUUAAUUUGAGCCUAAUGUGCCUGCAGCUAAAAGACGGGUUCGGCAACCCUCAUAGUUUAUCAUUGUAUUGCAAUAAGUACAGUUUAUCGAUAUUCAUCCUUCUCAAAAAAUCUUUACAUGCGAUUCUAUUCAAAUCGUUCUAUUCCCUAUUUAACCUUGAAUAAAAAUGUAUGUUCUGAUAUGCUGAUUGAAAUUCAGUGAUAUAGAACUUAGUGUUUUACAGAAUGGAAUGUUGCUUUGGUAACAGUUUUUGUAGAAAGAAUUGUUGAAUAACAGUUUCGCAUGUUUCGCGAAUAAACAGAAACAAAGAAUGAGAGGUAAACUCUGUUAAUCAUUUGUUUUGUUUUUAUCAAAGAAUGUUCCACUGGUUUCCACUUCUUUGAGAAAGUUCAAGACUUACCAACCAGAGGAGCUACAGCUGUUCAACAUUUUAUCAUUAACGGAAGUCUGUUCCUCACCAUUGGGAACAAUCGUGGAGAUAUUCAAAACCACAAGACAAGCUCCGUGGUUUACAAGAUGGAUGAACCGACUGAAAAGUUCACAUUCUACCAGACCCUGCCAACUAGAGGUGUAUUUGGCCUUGAGUACGCUUCUAUCUCUGAUAAACAUUUCGUAGCUGUGGCCUAUCAUUGGGAUGGUACGUACCAACUUGACUCUGUAGUCUACCAAUGGAAUGGACAGCGGUUUGUGGUAUUUCAGAAAUUACCAACAAAAGGAGCUACACACUUCAAGUUCUUCACAUUAAAUAGAGACAAAUAUCUCACAGUGGCAAACCAUCAUGAUGGAAGAACCCACUCAACAAAAUCAGUCAUCUACAAAUGGAAUGGCCUCAAGUUCAACAAGUUCCAGGAGAUAGCAACUGAAGGUGCCAUGGGAUGUACGGCAUUUGAAAUAAACAAUGUCACUUACAUCGCUUUCGCCAACUUUUACAACUCUCAACACAAGUAUUCUGUUCAGUCCACUGUCUUUAAAUGGUCAGGAAGACACUUUGCCAAACUACAGUCUCUUCAAACUUAUGCUGCACAUGACGUGAAGUCUGUAAAUAUCAAUGGUCACACAUUCCUCGCUUUUGCCUGCCACUACUCUGGAAGUUCCCACAACACUGACUCGUUUAUUUAUAUAUGGGAUGGUACCAAGUUCGUUCUUUUCCAAUCCAUCCCUACUCGUGGAGCCAUUGCAUGGUAUCCAUUCGCGAUCAGCGGUCAUACUUACUUAGGCAUGGCUAAUUACUACGACAGCAGCGUGAAACAUAACACUCUGUCAGUUGUGUACCAGGCCUCUGGAGCACAGUUUAUUAAGUAUCAAGAGAUUUCCACCCAUGGAGCGUUUGAUAUGACAUCAUUUGAGUACAAAGGUUACACCUAUCUGGCAGUAGCAAAUCACUACAAUCAGAAAUACAACAUAAACAGCGCUUUGUACAAGUGGGUGUAG